GCUUCUCUUAACGUAAUGAAUGUCACCUUUUACAAAUGAACAAAAUGUGUCUAAGCUCUGUCUCUCCAAAUAACGUGUUUGUCCCUGUUUCUGUUGUCUUCGUGACUCCACUGGUUAAACUUGUGUUUCCGAUGAUAGAUUUAUACCAGGAAGGCGAGAUUUAGAUGAUAUACAGUAGGAAAAUAUUGUGAUAGGGCAAAGAACAGGAUAUGAAAAGUCAACUUUCCGCCCUAAUCACAAGUCCGGAGGGCAUUCGCGCUUCAUGGUUGGUUUCACGCUUCCAGCCAGAUGGCGUUGAUUAUAUUAGCAGCGAGCCAUUGCGUCUAUUGUGGCAUAGAUUUCACCGGCACAGCAGUUUGAUGAAUAUUACCGUAGAUUGUAUUGGGAUUAGCACCAUCAUACUUAACGGCAGUUUUGUUAAGCGUAUGUAAUAAAUUGUUGUUUGUUGGCUCCGCA